AUGCGCUUCGCCCUCCGCACCUUGCGCACCCUAACAUCCUCCACACUGAACCCUCGCGCCCACCGCCUCGUCCCCUUCCGCAACAUGGCCACCACCGCAGCAGCAGCAGCAGCAUCCCCGGUGCUCAAGAAGCCCGUCAAGCUGGCCUGCAUCCAGCUCGCCUCGGGCGCCGACAAGGCCGCCAACCUCGCCAACGCCCGCGCCAAAGUCCUCGACGCCAGCGCCGCCGGCGCAAAGAUUAUCGUCCUGCCCGAGUGCUUCAACUCCCCCUACGGAUGCGACUACUUUCCCAAGUACGCCGAGACGCUCCUCCCGUCCCCGCCGACGCGGGAACAGAGCCCCAGCUUCCACGCGUUGGCGGCCAUGGCGUCGGAGAGCGGCGCGUACCUCGUCGGCGGCUCCGUGCCGGAGCUGGACGCCGAGACGGGGAAAUUCUACAACACGAGCUUAAUCUUUUCGCCUGCGGGUGCGCUGUUGGCGACGCAUAGGAAAGUGCACCUGUUUGAUAUCGAUAUCCCGGGCAAGAUCACCUUCAAGGAGAGCGAGGUGCUGAGCCCCGGGGACCAGGUCACGGUCGUGGACCUGCCCGAGUACGGACGCAUCUCGGUGGCCAUUUGUUACGAUGUGCGGUUCCCCGAGCUGGCGGCCAUUGCGGCGCGGAGGGGUUGCUUCGCGCUCGUGUACCCGGGGGCGUUUAACCUGACGACGGGUCCGAUGCACUGGCGGCUGCUCGGCCAGGGCCGGGCGGUGGAUAACCAGAUUUACGUGGCCAUGUGUAGUCCCGCGCGGGACUUGGGCGCGACGUACCACGCGUGGGGCCACUCGUUGAUCAUUGAUCCGAUGGCGAACGUGCUUGUCGAGGCGGAGGAAGGGGAGAGUACUGUUGCGUGGGAGCUGGAUAAUGUCAAGAUUGAGGAGGCGCGGCGGAAUAUUCCGAUCAACACGCAGAGGAGGUUUGAUGUGUAUCCCGAUGUCAAUCAGGGAGAGGUUUGA